CCAGCCAGCCAGCCAGCGUGUCUUGGACAAGAGCAAGGAGGAGAAAAUGGCGGAGUCUCGUUUAUGCCCACCCUCGUACCCACAGACCACGCAACAGAUUUAGAUUAGGACGCAAACGCCGUUUAACAGUUAACGGCGACCAACGGGUCUCCCUCUCUCUCCUCAUGAUUAUUUGUUUGUUUUCGUUUCUCUCUCUCUCUCUCUGUUUCUGAUUCUCUCUCUCUCGUCUCAUAUCAUGAUCUAACACAUCGGAGUUCUCGUGUUUGUAGGAGCGGGUCUGGUCUGGUCUGGUCUGGUCCGGUCCUCUACACCCCGCCCUCUAUAUUCUCUCUCUUUUUUCUCAUUUUGUAUAUUCCGAAAACCAGGGCGAUCUGUUUCUCUCUCUCUCUCUCUCUCAAGAAGCGAGACAGAGAGAGAGAGCCCGGGGGCAAGGGAUCGGAAUCUCGCCGGGAGAAAGCCGUACCUAGCCGGAAACUCUAUGAAAUCCGGCAGGAGGCUCUGAAUCAACCGGCGAGGAAAGGAAGUUGAAGAAACAGAGAUAGGAGAAGAGAGAGAAACGGGGAGGAAAAAAAAAAAAAAAGUAAUAACAAUGGGAGAAUACAUGUGGUUAACGUGCAAUGUAGGAAGAAAUUGAAGAGAGACAAGGCAUCAAGGCUUUGGAGGUUCUUGCACGGCACAGAUGCCUAGAUCCCUUCUUCAAUCUCCCCCCUUGCCUUUUGCCGUAAUCCAUUCGAUUUCUAUGUCUCUCAAUCAUUAUUAACUUUCCUUCCCUUUCUUUAAAUUCUUCCCACCCAUGCCUCUUUCUUUCUCUCCCAAAUCCUUUUCCAGAACUGCACUCACAAUUUGACUCUAUCGGAUAUGGCGUUCAUGUUCACAAUUUAAAGAUUUUCUUCACGGAAGCUGGAAACUUUUCAAUUGUAGGUUCACCGGUGAUAGCCUGUUGAGUAACGGUUUUCAGUUUUCGUCUUCUUUUUCAAUACUGGGUUCACCAUGCCAUCAGAAAUGAUGCAGCCAAAGGGUUUGUCGUCAUCAUCUUUCUUCUCUGAGGACGUAUGUUUUCCUAAUGAGAGACAGAUUGGGUUUUGGAAGACAGAAACCAUGCCUGAUCAUUAUGGUACAACAGGCGGAAAUUCAGUUGUUUCAUCACCCCUCGAGAAACAGAUGUCAGUGGAAUCUCAGAUGGUUAAAUCUUUCAAACUUCCUGAUCAAUACCUAAUUCGAGACCGGAAAGUCAAUCUUACCUUAGAGAAGCAUGCAGUGGGAGCAGAGAGAGAAGCCAGUCGUUCCUUGCGGAGACCUGUUGACCAUGACCCAGCAGCAAGAUCUAAUUUGAAGAUGGAACCAGCAACUUAUUUUAUGGAAGGUGAAGGAAUUAAUGCCAUGGGCACUCAUUAUGAGAAUGGUCUCUUCUCAAGUUCAUUGUCUGAAUUAUUUGGCAGAAAAUUGAGAUUAACAUCAAAUAAUGGUCUGUAUGGCCAUUCUGUUGGUGGUGCUGCCUCCCACUACGAGGAAGAGGAACCUUUUCAAUCACUUGAGGAAAUUGAGGCACAAACUAUUGGAAAUCUCCUCCCUAAUGAUGAUGAUUUGCUUUCUGGAGUGACUGAUGGGCUUGACUAUGUGGCCCAACCCAAUAUCGGAGAUGAUAUUGAAGAUUUAGACUUCUUUAGUAGUGUUGGGGGGUUGGACUUAGGAGAAGAUGGUUUCCUUCCAGGACAAAGAGAUUCUGAAUUUUCUGGUGGAAGUCCUGAUAAUCAGAUGGGGGGAUCUUUUAGUUCGGUUGCCGGGGAACACACUUAUGGGGAACAUCCAUCUCGAACACUGUUCGUGCAAAAUAUAAAUAGCAAUGUUGAAGAUUCUGAGUUACAGGCCCUUUUUGAGCAAUAUGGGGAUGUCCGCACUCUUUAUACUGCAUGCAAGAACAGGGGCUUUGUUAUGAUAUCAUAUUAUGAUAUUAGAGCAGCCCAAAAUGCUAUGAGAGCGCUUCAGAACAAGCCAUUGAAACGUAGGAAGCUUGACAUACAUUUCUCAAUUCCAAAGGACAAUGCUUCACAGAAAGAUAUUAACCAAGGCACUCUUGUGGUUUUUAACCAUGAUUCUUCUGUUUCAAAUGAGGAACUUUGGCAAAUUUUUGGUGCUUAUGGUGAAAUUAAGGAGAUCCGUGAGACUCCACACAGAAGUCAUCACAAAUUUAUAGAAUUUUAUGAUGUUAGGGCUGCGGAGGCUGCUCUUCAUGCAUUAAAUAGGAGUGAUAUUGCAGGGAAGCGGAUUAAGCUUGAACCAAUCCAUCCUGGGGGUGCUAGACGUUUGAUGCCACCAUUUCCUUCAGAAAUUGAGCAAGAUGAAUCUGGUCCAUAUCUACAACAAAUUAGCUCUCCUAAUAACUCAACAAUGCGAUUUUCUGGACCAAUUUCCCAUGGGGGAAUCACAUCUUCAGGCAUGGAUAAUGGAACUAUUUCAGGGGUACACACUGCAAUCCAAUCACCUAUUAGUCCCUUCUGGAAAGAAGUGUUCCAUCAUGGGAUCUCAUCUAGCAUUCCUAACAGUUUACCCUCUCUGGUGAGAGUUGAAUUACUUGGCAAUCAAUCCGGCCUCCCUGAGCCCGGCCUUUCACCAGGCCAGCCAAAAAUUGAAUUCCAGGGAACACCCAAUUUUCAUCCUCAUUCACUUCCAGAGUAUCAGGAUGGUUUAACUAAUCGUGCUUCUUGUAAUUCCCCGGGCAUGGCUGCAAAUAUUAGUGCCAGUCCAUCUGAAAGAAUUGAGAAUCGCCAGUUCUGUAGAGUAAGCUCAAAUGGGCAUCCACUUGAACUGAAUGAUGCUGUUUUUGGUUCCUCUAGAAAUGGGAGCUGUUCACCUGGACAUCAUUAUAUUUGGAGUAAUUCAAAUAAUCCCCCUCAGCCUCAAGGCAUGAUGUGGCCCAAUGGGGUUUGCACUACUCAUCCCCCUCCACGGUUGCAUGCAUUUCCCAGAGCACCGUCUCAUAUGAUGAACACACUUUUACCCAUGAAUAACCACCAUGUUGGAUCAGCACCGUCUGUGAAUCCUUCUCUCUGGGAAAGACGACACACCUAUUCUGGGGAAUCCCCCGAUGCUUCUGGCUUUCAUCGUGGUUCUCUUGGGAAUAUGAGAAUUUCUGGUAACUCACUACAUCAUUUGGAAUUUAUCCCCCAAAACAUGUUUCCUAGUGUUGGUGGAAAUUGCAUGGACCUUCCGAUUCCCUCCCAAAAUGUUGGUCUGCACUCCCCUCAUCAGGGGUGCCUGAUGUUUCCUGGCGGAGGCCAAAUGAUUCCUAUGAUGAGUCCAUUCGAUUCUCCUAAUGAACGGGCUAGAAGCCAUAGAAAUGAAGGCAAUUCCAAUCAGGCUGACAACAAGAAACAGUUUGAACUUGACAUUGACCGCAUAAUGCGAGGGGAAGACAACCGGACAACACUUAUGAUAAAGAACAUUCCUAACAAGUAUACUUCAAAGAUGCUUUUAGCUGCAAUUGAUGAACACCAUAGGGGAACUUAUGAUUUCAUUUAUCUACCCAUCGAUUUUAAGAACAAAUGCAAUGUGGGUUAUGCAUUCAUCAACAUGACCAAUCCUUCGUUGAUCGUUCCAUUCUAUCAGGCAUUUGAUGGGAAGAAAUGGGAAAAGUUUAACAGCGAAAAGGUGGCAUCACUUGCUUAUGCUCGCAUACAAGGAAAAGCUGCUCUCAUUGCCCAUUUUCAGAACUCAAGCUUGAUGAAUGAGGAUAAGCGAUGCCGGCCUAUCCUCUUCAACACUGAUGGUCCCAAUGUAGGUGAUCAGGUGCCCUUUCCCAUGGGUGUAAAUGUUCGAUCCAGACCCAGCAAAACUCGAGGUAUUACCAGUGAGGAAAACCAUCAAGAAACCUCACCAAACUUGGCAAAUGGGGAGGAAUCUUUCAAUGGGGAUUCGUCAUCAAAGGAUUCAGACUGAGCAAGCAGCCCACCUUUUUGGUGGCACUAACUUUCUAGUGACAUCAUGUUAAAGGUAGUUAACAGAAAAAGCAGAAAAAAAAAAGAGGAGGAAAAAAGGUAUUUCUGUUUCUGUGCCUCUAGAAAGCCUCCAAAAAUUAAUGGGGUACACAUUUUGGGAUUAUUGACAAUACUAAAACAGUUAAAAAAAGAAAAAGAAAAGCAAAAAAAAAAAAAGGUGCACGAAGUGGAGCUUUGAAGUUUUGGACGGUUUUGGGAAUGAUAUUUGAAAUUAUAUAUGUGUAGUAGUUUCCGAGCAAUGAAGAAAUAUUUGGUGCACUUUUGAGGAGGCUUCUCUACUAUGUACUCUUCUUUCUGUAUUUCCGGCAUUUCACUUUCCCUUUUUUGUUGUCUGUUAAGAGAGAGGUAGAGACAGCGAACUUGGAUUGUUGAAAUUUUUUGCAGUGAUGAACUGAUGAGUUGUCUUGUACACCAUUUACUUUGGCAUCUGUAGAGAGGUGUUGGGCGGCUGGGUCUUAUGCGAUUGAUUGCUUGCUUGUCACCGUUCUCUCCUAAAUGCAGAUACUCUGCUUUUUUUGUACCUACCUAGGUAUGCAUUAUUUUGAUCUGUUAUUGUUAAUAUCUGGUUUAUCUAAUAACAAUCUUUUUUUCAA